AUGGAUGCCGAUUGGCUGCGGCGUGACAAAUGGAAGGGCUUCUACGACGGGAGCUACGCCCCACACCGGCCAGAGGCGGCAGAGGCCGCAGCACCGGGGCCGCGCGUCAUCGAUGCGACGGUGGUGGGGAACUGGGCCUUGGCGGACGACGCCGCCUUCCUGGCGACCUUCCGGCUGCCCCGGGCCGAGGACAAGACCGAGGCUCUGGCCGCGCAGCAUCCGCUUCCGCGCGACACGCGCAUCGUGUUCUACGAGGACGCCCACUACUACGAGAUCACCAACCCCGGAGAGGAGGACCGGCCCGUGCGCGCCCCCUGGAGCGUGACGGGCUUUGGCAAAGAGUUUCACGAGGAGUUUGAUGCCGACGGCUGCAUCGACAAAUGGUUUGCGGCCGACCGCGCCGGGCUCCCGCGCUCGGGGCGCGGCAAUGUGUACAAGCAUGCCGACGGGCAGUGGAUGACCCGCGAGGAGAUCAAGGCGCGGUGGUCGGACCGCACCCCGUCGGCGCGGGGCACCCUCAUGCACUUUCACAUCGAGCAGCACCUCAACGGGUGCGUCAUCGCCGAGCCCCACUCCCCGGAGUUCGCGCAGUUCCUCGCCUUCGAGCGCGAGGUCAUGCAGGCCCGAGGCCUGCGGCCCUUCCGCACGGAGCUGUCCAUGUUCCACUGCGGGCUGAGCCUGGCCGGGCAGGCCGAUCUUCUGUGCGAGGAGCCGGGAGGUGAAAGCUACGCGAUCCUGGACUGGAAGCGCAGCAAGGCGAUCAAGCGGUGGGGCUUCCGCCAGAUGCGCCGGCCCUUUGCGGCCUAUGCCGAUGCCAACUUCUAUCACUACGCGGUGCAGUUGAACAUGUACCGCUACAUCCUGGAGACGGAGUACGACAUGCGCGUGGGCACCAUGCUGCUUGGCAUCUUUCACCCCUCGCAGACCGCCUACCAGGUCGCGGAGGUGCCGGAUUGGCAGGACCUCAUCCGCGAGGCCGUGGAGGAGCUGAAGCGCCAGGGGCGAGCGCAGGAUCCGCGCCCCGGCCCCCUGGGCCGCUUCGACCCGCACGACGAGGAGGAAGCUCCGGAGAAUGGCAUCGACCAUCUUCCCUGGCGAAGCCAUCUGCCUGCAUCGCAGCUGCUGAGCUACAUCGGCGAUGGGAAGCUGCUGCCGUCGGCGCGAGCGUUGGAGUUGGGAUGCGGCACAGGUGAAAACCUUGUGGCGCUGGCGCAGCACACCACUUUCGUUUGUGGCGUUGACAUCGUCGAGGACGCCGUGAAAACGAGUCAAGUCCUACUUCGGGAUGCGCGGAUGGACUGCACGAAGGCGCAAGUGGUGUGCGCAGAUGUCUUCGCGCUGCCGGAGGAUGGUCCAAUCCUUUUGGAUGGAGGCGACUGGCAGUUUGACUUCAUCUUCGACUGUCAGUGUUUCCACUGCCUCUACCAAGUCGAGCCGGAAGCCGCCGCCAAGGUCUACGCAAAACUGCUGGCGCCCGGGGGGAAGCUGCUGAUGCUGACGGGAAACUCAGAGGAAGUUGCCUCAAGAGGCCCAGUGCAGCUGUCCCACGAGCAGGUCUUCCAUGCCUUCGACGACACCGACCUUUUCUGUGCAGAGCUGAUAUCAACACGCUUUGACUGGACUGAGACGUAUCGGAAGCAAAGCUACGACGAUCCACCGUUGGGUUGGCUGUCCCUUUGGCAGAAACCCGAAGCUUAG